AUGGCGGUGGCGGGCGGUGGUCGCAGCUCCGAGGCGGGCCAGCGCUCUGCGCCGGGAGGCGCCGGCGACACCUCCCUCCUCGGCAGCGCCACGACGUGGCCCUUGAAGCGCUACGGCCGCUUCCUACCACCGACGGACAGCGACGAUGAAGGGCAAAGCACCUCCUCCUGGAAGGUUUUUGAAUCAAGUGAAGAAUCAGGCCAUCUUAUCCUUACCAUUGUUGUAUCUGGCCAUUUUUUUAUUUCCCAAGGGCGAACAGUACUGGAAGGCUUUUCAUUAAUUGAUUCCCACAAGUGGUUAAAGAUAGUAAGAAGAGCAGACUGCCUGCUGCUUUGUGCACAGUCAAAGCAGAAUGAAAGCCGCAUGUUUCGUGUUCAGUUUGGUGGAGAUUCAAAGGAACAGACGCUGGAACACUGCUGCAGUUGCGUUCAGAAACUUGCGGAGUACGUACCGGUUGAAGUACCUGAUGAACAAAGCCAGAAGCUCUACCACAGUCUGGAUCAGCUGGCUACUGGUGAACAUCAAGUGAAGGACACUGAACAAAAUGCAUCAGUACGGCAUACACCAGAUGAACUUCUCGCAGAUUCCUGCGUCAGCCUUGGAGAAAGAAGAUCUGUAACCCAGCUAGCGCAGUCUGUGCUGAAAAAGACGUUUGAGCUCCCCCUUGCGUACCGGCAUUCAGCGUGGCGCGCGCAGGAGCUGGGGCCCUUCAUUCGCUUGUGCCUUAUGGAUCAGAAUUUCCCAGCUUUUGUGGAAGAUGUGGAGAAGGAAUUGAAAAAACUCACAGACGGCUGA